AUGCCGACCCACCGCUACGAGGGGGAGUGGGAGGAGGACUCGCAACACGGGAUCGGGGUGGAGGAGACAGAGGAGUUCAUCUACUGCGGGAAUUUCGCGAACGGCCAGCGUUCGGGGCGAGGAAUCAGCAUGCCCCACUGGGAUUCGGGCGUCAAGGGGUGCCGCGUCCUGAGCGAGGGGUCGUGGCGGCCCCUCGUCGACUUCCUGCAGGAGAGGGAGGAGCGUCAUCGGGUCCCUGCCUCCAGCUCCAGCUCAACUUUCUGCAGAGAGGGCGCGGCGAGGGACGGCCUAAUGCCAGAAUUCCAGACGCCCACUCCGACGACCGUCCUGGAGAGAAAAGACAGCGAGCAGAAGCAGACGCCCAAGACUACAGGGCCGGCGGCGGUGGACCCGAGAGAGGCUCUCGGUGUCUCGUCGCCGUCGCUCUGGAGCGAGGUCGAGCUGGCUGCCAUCGUCCACUGCCUCGGCGUGAACCCCGAGGCCGCCAAGAUGGUGCGCGGGCGGAGGCUGCACGGCGUAAAGGGGCUGCUGGAGCUGUCGAACUCCACGAUGGCCCGGCAGCUCGGGCUGGUCUCGCCACUGGAGAGGCUCGUGGUGCGGCGCGCGCUGCAGCGCCUCCACGAGGCGGAGAUCCACGAGAACAGCGAGAGGGGCCGCAGGUGCUGCGACCUUAUGGCCGCUCCUGGGCUCAGCGCGCACGCCAUAGAGGUGGAGCGGCUGACCAUCCUGUCGCGCAUCGCGGAGGGCGGCUUCGGUGCUGUCCACAGGCCAAGGGGCGUCGACCUUGGAGCGAGCUGGGGCCGAGGUAGCCCAGCACUGGUUCCGUAG